AUGGAAGGAGGCGAUGGUCCUUCGGCCAUCGGUAGUAAUCCUACUGCUAUUAAAGGUAUUGUUUAGAAUUUAUUUUUUUUUUAUUCUAGUCCUGCGAUAUAAUUGUGUAAUGCGAUAUAUAAGAAAAGAUCAUUUAAAUUUGAAACUUGUAUACAUAUAUAUUUAUACAUAUAUAUUUUGCUUUUGAACAGUUUCACAAGAGAAUUUGUAUUAGUAUAAAAAGUCAGUAGUCACUGGUAUAUAAAUUGGUAUAUAAAAGUGAGAGUGCUGAUGUACUGAUCAAAAUAUAAGAGAAACUUGUAUUGUUGUUAUGAAUAAAAAAAUAAUAAAUUGAAUAAAAAAAUAAUAAAUUGAAUAAAAAAAUAACGAAUUUUGUUAUAUUAUCAGCUGCACAGGAAGAGAUGGGAAGAUUAGAUGUUCUUGUCUGCGGACAGUGCCACUCAGUGUUUCAUUUUAUUGAAGAAUUUCAAGAGCAUCGUACAAAAGAAGGCGCUUGUACCCAAAUUUCACAUUUUCGCGAAAAUAGUAAUAAUGAACAGAAAGCACAAGUGUGGGCUUUCCUUUUAUGGAAAGAUUCACAAAUCCAGCAGGAGAGUUCAGAUAAAGACUCGACAAAUUCAUGGAAACUGUAUCAAAAAUGGUGCAAAAUGGAUACGCACAUAAGGGAUUCAUGGAUUGCAGCUGGAAAAACUAUUCAAACAUUCACGAAAAUCAGCAAUGCAAAAAUGCAGGAUGUACCGAGGCAGAAUCAAAUAAAUACUAAUGCGGAAGGGAAACCAGUAGUUGUUCGUAAAGUAAUUAGAAAUGGACAACCAGAAGACGAUAGUAAAAAGGAUAAUAAAACUGUAGAAGCAAAAAAUCAAAAAAGUAAUGAAUCUUUCGACGAAGUAGAAAAGAGAGAAAAACCAAAAUUGAGACCAACGAUAAAACUUAAGGUUAAAUCUAAUAAAGCUGGCGAUGAUGAUCGAGAUUCAAGCGACGAAGAACAUGUAGUAGAAAAGAUAUUAGCAAAACGAUUUAAUCCAAAAAAGAGAUGCUCGGAAUAUCUAUUAAAGUGGGAAGGUUUUGGACAUGAACAUAAUAGAUGGGAACCUGCUGAACAUGUAGCUACGUGUAAACAUUUAUUAGAAGAAUUUGAAAGAAAUCUUGCUAAAAAAAAAGAAUUAAAAGCUGCUCAGCAGCAGGCUAACGCAAAGGCAGCAGGACGAGGUGGUCAUCCUGCUCAGAAAACGAUUAUAAAAACGGAAGCUAAACCUGGACCAAGUACUGCAGCUCAAUACUAGGGAAGAGGAGGAUUGAUGAUUCCGAGAGUGAUUCCGAGGAUGGAGGCAGCAGCGCUGCGAAACGAAUGAAAGGCGACACAGGUAGUGAUGAAGAUUGGACUGGAGAGUCCGAGGAAGAAAGAUUGUUGGGUCGAAGCGAUAUGAUUCAACGCGCAUUUAAUCGUGCCAAUGCUCAAUCAAACGGGUCUAACAGAGCAAGUGGUUCGUCUACAGAUCUUGCAACUUCAUUGGGACUUCAAUCUCCCGAAGGAGCAAAAUCUAACCAACCACCGGUUUUAGUCGCGAAUGCCAAAGGAGUUGUUAAAGUUGACCCGAAGCAAAUGCCAAACUUAACGUCCGGUGUUUACGUAAUGUCACGGAAAGACGGCAUCAUCAAGUUGGAUUCGUCUCCUAGCGGGAAAUUGGCUGUAAAAGGUUCGCCGACGCAAGGUGUUUUGAUGGUUCAAAAUCGAGAUAAUACUAACGUAGUGAGGAAGCAAGUAAUAUCCGCAUCGCAAUCGAAUUCUGUAACGCCGGUAAAAGUGGUUUCUAAAAUGGAUGGAAGUCAAGUAGUAACGCAGAUGAAAGUAGUUUCUAAACCUGUUACGAAUAAAGCAGGAGGUACACAGAAAACCGAGCCUAUAAAGAUCCAGCCGAAACCAGAUCCGACACAGUUACCACAGAUACAUGUCGUGACCGCGGUGCCGGCUCCCAUAACUUUGCAGCCAAGAAUAAGUACAGGAAUACGUCCUGGACCUGUUACAGGCCAACGCAGUGCGGACGGUCGACCUUUGUUACCGAGACCUCCACUGCGUGCGACGACGCCAACUAGCGUACUCGGAAUCGGAUCAACAAUUCGCACACCUGUUAGGGCGCCAGCCCCGAGACAAGUUCAGUCCCAGCAAACACGUCAGGUGCUACAAAAACGUACGACGGCUGUAACUACACAGAGUAACUCGGUGAGUCCUGGAAAUGUUACACAGAUUAGACCGAAGUUCGCGAUGCUUAGUCCACAGUCGAAGCAAGUGGUAAAGUCUGGAACUAGUCCAGUGCAACAGGCUAAACAGUCGCCGAAAACACCAGUUGGUAAGCCACAGUCAUUAUUAUCUCCGCAGCAAAAGUUAUUAAUGGCAAAAAGGAAAGCUCAAGAAGCAGCGGGUAUCAUUAAACCAGGUGGCCGCGGCCUCCUAGCAGCUGCUCGUGCUACCGCCGGCCGAGGUAGAGGGAAGUUGCCUGAAACAUCAACGGCCGCUACUCCAGGAAACAAACUGAAAGAAAGUAAAUUAGCGGAGGGUGAUGGACUUCAUAUGGAAUUCCACGAGGUAGGCUCCGAAGAGAGUAGCAGCGAUGGUGAACCGGAACUUCCACCUCCCGAAGCCGAUACCAUUGCCACUACGGAGCCUGACAGCCCGCCAAGGCCGUUUACUCUUUGUCCAUUAACUGGACGUAUUAUUGGACCGGAUGGCGAACCCGUCGAACAGUCGGCCGAACCGGAACCUGAACCUGAAUCUACCGAAACACCGUUGUCCACCAUUAAAACCACUACAACUGCAUCAGAAAGUAUAGACGUCACCACUACAACUACCACCACAGAAUUAGUCCUACCUUCCCUUGAUUCUCUUACAGAGGGUGGUGGAAUAAUGAGAGUCGAAAUGAGUCCUGGUGGAACGACGGGAACGAUCGUUCAAACCAGUGAACCAGCGCAGAUCAAUUUGACAAACGUAUCUGUUCCUGCGCCAGAUCUUCCUUGCUUGGAUGACACAGCUCCUACCGUGACUGCGCCAGCCACUACGACGGCAACACCGUUGACUGAAGCGGCACCAGCUAGCGAAUCCUCGAUCGCACCGGGAUUGACCACGGCUACAGUUACCUCGACUAGCACGAUAGCGAUCGCUUCUACUGAUGUGAAAACUGAAGAGAAAAUACCGGAGGAAAGGAAGGUGGCCGAGGACACUUCGAACUUAGUAACAAUAACUGGGGAGGACGGUGUCGUUUAUCAAGUGGCUGGCCAAGCUGAGGAUGGUCAAACAUUGUUAGUGACUCGAGAUGCUGAUGGCGAGCAACAAUGUGUAUAUGUUACCACGGAGCAACAAGGAGACGAGGGAUCCGUAUUAACGUUGGAUCAUGCUGUGGCGGAAGCUGUAGCUCAGUUGAUACCUGAUCAAGUAAACUUAGCCUCGCAAUUCUAUGUAAAAGAAGGUGGAACGGAACCUGCUGAAAAUCCAAUGGUGAUGUCUAUCAUGGAUAACACGAACGCGGCGGAUGUGACAGAAGGACAAGAAGACGGUGAUGGUCACGGCCAAGUUGUAGCUCAAGUUGUACAAGCGGAAGAACCAACACCAGGUAAUGUGCCGACCUUGAUCGUUUCAAAUUUCUUUUAAAUAGCACGCUAAGAAAUAAGAAGUAACAGCGAAAAGGAAUUUUCUUAUCUUAUAGAUACUGUGAUAUUAAAGUUUUCUUAUAUUAUUAUAUUAGGUGGAACUAGAAGAGUGGUCUUACUCUUACCUGAUGGAAACUUGAUGAUGACAGAAGUAACGGAAGAACAGUACGCUGCGCUCGGACUUGGCAAGUGA